AUGGCUGGACUCCUCCUGAAGCCGGUCCAUGUAUGGCCCAUCUCACCUGUCAAGCACCUCCUCCAUUCCAUCAUUCCCAUCUCUGCCCCCAUCCUAGGCUACUUGCUUGCCUUCCUCGGCUCUCUUUGCCUGUCCUUCGGCCUCCAGCCAGCCCUCAAAACGCCCCUCCGCUUCAUUUACAAUUGCUUCAUCAAACCUUUUCUUCGGAGGUCGACUGGACAUCAGCAGAAAGAUCAUCUGGAAGCGUUCUACGCUGACCAGGCAGACCUGUAUGAUGCUACCAGGUCUCAUCUCUUGAAGGGACGGGAAACUAUGCUCCAGCUUUUGGCUGCCCAUCUGAUAGCUCAACCAUCUGUGCGAUUGCCUCAUAAUGCUCCUUACAAACCAAAAAUCUGGGUCGAUCUCGGAGGUGGGACAGGGUGGGACAUUGAAAAGAUGGACGAGUAUCUGCCCCUCACGUAUUUCGAUGCCAUCUACAUUGUUGACCUCUGCGAUCCUCUCCUCAAAGUCGCCGAAGUCAGGAUCAAAGCCAGAGGGUGGAAGAACGUACACGUCUUGUGUCAGGACGCGAGCAAGUUUGUCUUGCCAGAGUGGGAGAAGGGGCUUCUUGAUCCAAGGGGAAGCUUGACUGCUAUCACCAUGAGCUACUCGCUCUCCAUGAUUCCACCAUUCUACCAAAUCUUGGAUCGCUGUGACCAGGUCCUCGAUCCCCAGCGAGGCCUUAUGGGUGUGGUAGACUUUUAUACGUCGCGAGAAACUCCUUCGUAUCUCAAACCUGAGGGAUUCCACGCUCUGAAGGCCGGUAGGCGUACCGAUGCCUUCAAGCUGCAUACAGAUACCAUUCUCAACGUUCUACGUGGUCUACCCGACGAAUCGCUGACGAAGAUUAUCCUUAUGGACUCUGGGGAUUGGUUCUCCCCCAUCCCCGCGUCUACCCCGCUUCCUUCCGAAUCGUCCAUUGCUCCAGACACCCUCGGCGACUGGCCCGAAAAGUCGCUCGAACACCUGCAAUCAGAGCUGGAUUACGAAAUCUUGGAGAUGAAAAGGGCACUAAAAGUUGGAGGAAUGGCGGUAUGGAGAAGUGCACGGGUUCAAAUGUGA